GAAGAACAGAACCUCCUCCCUCUUCUCUGAAGAAGAGAGAGAAAGAGAGCUUCGCUCCCAAUUUCAAUUCAAUCUAAACCCUAAACCCCCAAAUCCACCAUCUCCAAAACUCUGCAACAAUGGAAAACCACAAGCACACCAACCCAUCCAAGUCAGUAAACGACGCAGUGUACAAGCUCCAACUCGCGCUCCUCGACAGCGUCAAAACCCUAGACCGCCUCUACCUAGCCGGCUCCAUAAUCUCCCGCUCCGACUACACCGACGUCGUCACGGAGCGAUCCAUCGCCGACCUCUGCGGCUAUCCUCUCUGCUCCAACGCCCUACCUCCCGAAGCCUCCAGAACUCGCAAGGGCCACUACCGCAUCUCGCUCAAGGAGCACAAGGUCUACGAUCUCAGGGAGACGAAGCUGUACUGCUCAUCGAAGUGCGUGAUUGACAGCAAGGCGUUUGCUCAGGGGUUGAGCGAGGAGAGAUGUGACGUGUUGGAUUUGGGAAAGGUUGAGAGGGUUUUGAGGGAGUUUGGGGAGGAGAAGAAGGAGAUUGGGGAUUUAGGGUUGUCUAGUUUGAAGAUUGAAGAGAAGAGUGGGACUUACAGUGGGAAAGUGGAGGAGUUUGGUCCUUCGAAUGCGAUUGAGGGAUAUGUGCCGAGAAGGGAUAGGGUUUCGAAGGCGUCGGGUGCGAAGAAGAACAAACAAGGGUCGAAAGGGAAAGAUGCGAAGCCGAGUGGCGGUGGGAAACAGUUGAUUUUGAAUGAUAUGGACUUCAUGAGUACAUUACUAGCUUGUGAUGAAUAUAGCGUGUCGAAAAUGCCACCAAAUGUAGCAGAUAAUAAUGUUGAUACCGAGUUAAAGAAAUCAAAAGGUAAAGACUUAGAGAGCGGAUUUAGUGUGUUAGAAACAUCGGCCACUCCUAAUAAGAGUGAAGGUGUGAUGGAUGUUGGGGAUUUAGGUAUGUCUAGGUUGAAGAUUGAAGCGGAAGAGGAAUCUCAAGUUGGGAAGGGGGAGAAAUCGAGUGAGGGUACACUGAGGUCUUCUCUUAAACAUUCAGGGACAAAGAAACUUAGUCGCUCUGUUACUUGGGCUGAUGAAAAGAGUGAUAGUACCGGGAGGAGGAAUCUUUGUGAGGUGAGAGAUAUGGAAGAUGGACUAGAAAAUCCUGGUGCAUUUGACAGUUUGUACAAACCUUCUUCAUCAAGUGAAGCUGGUUCCUCUUUUAGUUGGGUUGAUAAGACGAUUGAUAGUACGAAGUGUGAAAAUAUUUGUGAGGUUAGUGGAACGCAUGAUGCAAAAGAGGUUCCUGAGGUAGUAGGCAGUUCAGUCGUGCAAGGUAAUGAAUGGUUUGAGUCAGCAGAAGCCUGUGCAGUAGCAUUGAGUGAGGCAGCCGGAGCUGUUGAAACCGGAGAAUUUGAUACUAGUGAUGCUGUGUCAAAAGCCGGAAUUAUUAUACUGCCACGCACAGAUGGUGUGGAUGAAGAAGAGUUCAUAGUGGAUGGUGCGGAUGAAGAAGAUUCCAUAGAGGAUAGUGUGGAUGAAGAAGAGUCUACAGAGGAUAUUGACAUGCUUGAACCAGAACAGGCUCUUUCAAAGUGGCCAAAAAAACCCGAAAGUUCACAGUUUGAUUUAUUUAAUCCUGAGGACUCUUGGUUUGAUGCUCCACCAGAUGGUUUCAAUUUGACAUUAUCUCCUUUCGCAACAAUGUGGAAUGCUCUCUUUACAUGGACAACAUCAUCUACGUUGGCUUAUAUAUAUGGCAAGGAUGAUAGUUUCCAUGAAGAGUUUCUAAACGUCAAUGGGAGAAGUUAUCCCCAUAAGAUUGUGUUGGCAGAUGGUCGGUCUUCAGAAAUCAAGCUAACUGUGGGUGCAUCUCUUUCUCGGGCUCUACCAGAAAUUGUUGCUGAACUAGGGCUUGCGGUUCCCAAUUUAGAGAAAGGAAUGGGCUUCAUGUUGAAUACAAUGUCCUUUAUUGAGGCGUUACCAGCAUUCAGAAUGAAACAGUGGCAAGUGAUCGCUCUUCUUUUUAUUGAGGGUCUCUCUGUUUGUAGGAUGCCGGCACUUACUCCUCACAUGACAAAUAGAAGGGUACUGAUUCAGAGGGUGCUGGAUGGUGCCCGUAUAAGCGUAGAAGAGUACGAGAUCAUGAAGGAUUUCCUGAUACCCCUUGGCCGAGCUCCCCAAUUCGCAUCCCAGAGUGGCGCUUAAUGACUUUGAAAUAUGAGGGCUGACUUCAAACCUUGUCAACAAUUGUGCCUAGACGUUGCUUGCGAUAACUGUCACCUUCAUUUUGAAAGUUCUGGAUUUCUAGAACGAGCAUCAAUUAUCUGAAGCUGACUUGCAACUGUUGACUAUGAAAGUAGUAGUCGGGUAGUAGUCGGGUGCGCUGGUUUGUGACCAGACGAAAUGACUCGAAGCUGUGAGGUGCAUUGUACAUGUUUUCUCGAGUGCUUGUACGAACUGAAUGUGUUAAAUAUGGACUCAUUCUAUCUCUACGGAUUCAUGAAUGUACAUACUCGGUAGAAAAUACGAUAGUACUUUCGUUUUGGUGUUGAAAUAUC